AUGAGUGGCGACAGGAGCGGACGACGACCUAGAGGCGCAGGCAUUCGAGGGCCGCACUCUGCCUUGACAGAUUUUCUGGCGGCGAACAACAUCUCUGCAGCAGAGAUUCGCGAUUCGUACGAACAGCGCCGUCAACAAGCCGAGCGAGACGCAGCAGAAGCAGGAGAUAAUGGCGAGGGACCUUCAAAUGCUGGUGAAGAUGACGAAGAAAUCGAGGAGGACCUACAAGCCGAAUCCUCUGCAAUGGCAGCCGAGCGCACCCGCAAACGUAAACGCAACCAAGAUGAGGCCAUAGCGAAGAUCAAGAAGGGCAAGGCGGCGAAGAAGGCAUCAAAGAAGAAGAGCAAGAAGAAGGGCUCAGACGAUGAAUCCGACUUUGAAGAUGUCAUGGACAUGUACAAGAAGGCGAAGCCACUCCCUGGCCAAUUGGAGAACUGCGAAAUUUGCGACAAGCGAUUUACCGUCACACCCUACAGCAAAGCCGGUCCAGAUGGUGGGCUCCUGUGUACACCGUGUGGAAAAGAGAUGGUCAAAGAUGCAAAGUCAGAGAAGAAAUUGGCUAAGCCCGUCGUGCGAAAGGGUAGAAGGAAGAUUGAGAGCAACCGCCUUGACGGUAUGACACAGCGCGGACCCAAGACACUCCAACAAUUGUGCAUUGAAAAGCUCGCGAAACAUUCGGAGGACAUUGACGAGCUGGGCGAGAUGCCAGAGGGUAUCAUGAACCGAAUCAGCGAGAUCUUUUCAAAGAAGCGGGCGAUGAACUCCAACACGAUGAAGCUGUUCCUCCAGUCAGACAUGCAGUCAAUCGCAAUUCAUGAGGCGGCAUACCUAGAGACGGAGGACUACGACCAGAUAUUUGCUGUUUGCCCCAAUGUCAAGCGUCUAUCACUGCGCAACUGCUGCCAGUUCAAGGACAGCAACAUUGACUACAUGAACGAGAAGGCAAAGGCGCUGGAAGAGAUACAACUGCUAGGAGCCAAUCUUGUCUCCGACGACAAAUGGAUCGAACUCUUCAUUGCUCGGGGCCAAGAUCUCAAGUCGCUGAAAGUUGAGUGGUUAGACGCCGCGUUCGGCGACCACGUAGUUGAGGCACUCUCCACCUUCUGCCCCAACCUUGAACGCCUCAAGAUUGAGCGCUGCAAGAAGAUCGGCCCGGACAGCAUCGACGCCAUUGCACACCUGAAGCAUCUGAAGCAUCUCACACUCCGCUUCUACGACCCCAUUACCCGCGAGAAGCUCGUCCAUCUAGUCGAUUCAGUUGGCGAUAAUCUCCGCACCCUGUGCCUAGAGCAUUUCCUAGACAACACAACAGAGCCUACCGAUGACGUUCUCGAAGCCAUCCACAACAAGUGUCACUAUCUCAGCAAGUUCCGCUUCACAGAGAAUAACGAGUGCACCGACGCCGGCUACGUGAAGCUCUUCACUGACUGGACCAACCCACCGCUCCACUACAUCGACGUCAACUCAACCCGCGAUCUGGACAACACAAACCCCGACGGACCCGAAGACGAGCCAAUCGGUCUCGGCUCCAACGGUUUCCGCGCCCUAAUGGCCCAUUCUGGCUCGCGCCUCGAAUUCCUGGACAUCUCCUCCUGCCGCCACAUCUCCCACGCUACUUUCACAGAAAUCUUCGACGGCAAGAGAGAAUACCCUCAUCUCCGCGAGAUCAACCUCUCCUUCUGUCCCGUCGUCGACACUGAGAUCGUAGCAGGCGUCUUCCGGUCGUGUCCUGCUAUCAAGAAGGUCGUUACUUUCGGUUGUUUCCAGGUCGCUGACGUGGUGGUGCCGAGGGGUAUUGUGUUAAUCGGAGCGCCGAGGGCACAGGACCAGAUUGAGCAGUUUGGUGAGGUGGUGUUGGAUUAUCAGAGGGAGAAUGAGGAGAGUAUGGGGCAUAUGCGUGCUAUGGGGCGUAUUGUUCCUGUUGUGGGUUAA